AUGAUGAUAUGACCAUUCUGCCAUUUGCCAAAUCUGCGGUGCAUGCCCAGUGUGUUUAUGUAAUUACUAUCCAUUGUUUAUUAGAGCAGGGGCAUUUUAGGUAAUGGGCGAAUCACUGGUAGUACAUUGCUUCUGCUAUAAAAUCAUGAGUUAACUAUUAUUUUGUAGAGAGGGGGAUCAGUUAUAUGUGAUGUGAGAAAGAGAGAUCUCACUAUUAUUUCAAUAAAAAGCUUGACCCCAAAGAUAGUGAACCAGUCAGAGCUAUAUCUUUCUGUUCUUUUCUUUUCUCUACUCUCUGUCUCUCUCUCUAAAUAGAUAGCUAGCCAAGUCAUCAGCUUUCAGUUCUACUCAACAUCACUACUAGCUAGCUACCCACCACAUUGUCAUAUAUUAUUUGGGUCUUCUCCAUUUCAGUACUCAAAUUCCUCUCUUCAAAACUUGAGUCUCACUCGACGUUGAUGAAGAUUGUGAUGAGAUAUAAAACUCGACACUUGUCCUGCUUUAUUUCCUUGACUCAGAUUGCAAGUAUUUAUUUCAUUCAACACUAGCCAGUACACACUACUUAUAGUUGAACAAUAACGUUCUCUUCUCUAAAUAUUAAUGCUCCUGUUCAGUAUUACUUCGUUUAACAAUAAAUACGGAUUUGAUAUUGGGUGAUCAGUAGUUGUGAAAGAUGUUUAGUAGAAUCAAAUCCAAGAUUUCCUCUAUUUCUUCUAGUAGAUCACCAUCACCAUCACCAUCUACCAAUGAUAAUAAUGAUCUCCAGCUUGGACUCAAAACCCUGCUCAUCAUUCACGCUACACAAUCACAAUUAGGGCAGCCAGAACCACAACCACAUGAUCUUCAAACCCCUGCCAUUGCAAACAAUAAUCACCAUUAUCCUCUUCAUGAACAACAGAAAAUUCUCCAUUCCCACAAUAGGGUUUUGAUGAACCAUUCACUAGUGGAUGACAUAAUAAUGGGGACGGAUAGCGGCGUGCACAUACUCAGUUCUCACUCCAAUUACGAUGAAGAAGAGACCAUGAUGAUGAAUAGGAAUACAAAGAAGAAGGAGAAUGAGAAUGAGAAUGAGAAUAAGAAUUAUAAUUCAAGAGUAAAAAAGAAAAAAGAGCACCCUUGUUAUCCGCCGCCUAUAUCUAUGGCGCCUAUGGUGGCGGGAACAAGGAAUUUGGGUAGUACUGGUGCAAUAAUUAUGCCGUGGGUUCUGACACGACAUAAUGAAGACGGAAGACUCAUACUCAAAGGACACAGAGUGCAACACCACCGCUACCUUGAGUGCCACCGUCACAACGGCCGACUCAUAGUAAAUCUCAUCACCAUCAAUGAUGAUAAUUUAGAGGAAAACCAUGUUGAUGAUGACGAUUUUAAAGAGCUAGAGGUAGAAGAAAAAGAAGAAGUAGUAGUAGAGCCAGUCAAAAAAGAAGAGGUUGAUCAUGAUGAUGAGCUUAAUACUAGUAUUAUUCAUAGUGGUGUGUGGCCAUCAAUGUCUGAUGGAUUAUCGUAUUUGGAGAAUGAGCUUUCAAUAAAUCGUGGGAUGUUAAUAGCGAAUUCCAUGAAUAAUUUGGGUUGCAGCAAUAGUACCAACAUUAUCAUUCAUCAAAGCCAUCAUCAUCUCUACUCAUCACAUGAGUCUCCCGGUUCUUCUUCCUCAUUGCUCUGCCCUAUGACUACUGUCAUCAACUAAUUACUAAUGAAUUAGCUAGGCUUGCAUUAAUUUUUCAUAUGUAUAUAGAAGUUUGUUUUUCUUACGAAGAAAAGAGCGAGAGAGAGCAAAAUAGGUUAGUGGUAAGUGCAGUUCAAAUUAUUUUAGAAACUAAUCAAGAGGAACAACCUCUUAUACUUUAAGCAUCCAAUCUACAACAACAUCUAGUGAAUGUAUACUUCCAUAAAAAAAAAGGUGAAUGUAUAUAUUGUGUUUGAAUUAUAUAUUUACAUAUUGUGGUAUAGUUUCUCCUGAUGAAAAGGUCUCUAAAUGUUAUCAUUAUUCCUAAAAAACUGUUGAUUCGCAAAAGUAAGUCCUGGAAGCCUUUCUUGUCCUUCUGGGAAGAGUCCUCAAGAAAGCUAGCCUUCCUUCAAAAAGAAGUUUCGGAUGGCUUGUUCCUCCUAGAACUCCUAGAAAAAAGUUUCAGAUAGUUGACUCCAGGUUGCUCUUUCCUAUUCGGAAAGUUUCUUCGGUGAGUGUCUUGGUUCGUGAUUCCAGAAGCCCUCAUAUAUACGCUCCCAGAAGCAGUCAUACUUAUGUUGACAUAUGGAGAUCUCGCUCAAAGAAGAGUUGGUUAAGUUGGUUAUUACCUAACUAUAACUUAACAAUCUCGCUUGCAACCGCCGACUUUAGGAUCUUGAUCCUAAGCAUAUA